AUGGAUCCGAAGUUUCGUGGCACAUAUAUCGAAGUCUCUUUUAGCGUACCAGGUGCAUUGAUAACAAACCAGGCGACCAAUGACACGACGGUGGAGGAGUGGUUUGUCAAGUACGUCGUACCAUUCAUCGACGAGUUCACCAUCAACUACAUCGUUGUUGGUGACAAGGUCAUACCGGGACUGAACGACAACAUAUUGCCUGUCAUGAAAUCCCUUCAAAAUCUUCUCAAUAGUCGUUACCUCGGACAAGUGAAAAUCACCACGAUGGUUGGCUUAGCCGCUUUGGGGGUUCAAACCCCUCCAUCUAGUGGCGCUUUUGACCCAAACGUUCUCGAGAACAUGAAAGGAAUCCUUCAGUUCUUAUGGGGACAAGGCUCGCCUUUGAUGCUUAGCUUAUAUCCCCAUUAUGCAUAUGCUUACACGAGAUACACUAAUAAUAUAAAUGUUGGAGAUGUCGCCAUUGCAAUUGGGGAAACCGGAUGGCCGACCCAGGGGAAUUAUGGUGCAGGCCCAUCGCUUGCACUUACAUACAAUUUGAAUUUUAAUAAUCCUAUUACCUCUGGGAAGGGGACACCAAUGAAGCCAAAUGUUUAUAUUGAAGGAUUCAUCAGAAGUUUAUUCAACGAGAAUGAAAAGCCAGAAGGGGAGUCACAAUUUUAUGGCAUGUUCCAUGUUGAUUCCACACCUAUUUAUCCGUAUGUGUUUAAUUGA